CGAACACGAUGAAUGUAAAAAAUGUACUAAUAUAAAUAUGCAAUCUCCUCGAUAACUGUGGAUGAAAUUGUAAUUCAACUUUUUGCAUAAUGUGCAGAAUACUAUUCCUGUUUUUUUCGACAAAACAUUAUCUCAGAGGUAAUCGUUGUUGAUAAGAUAAGAAGUCGUAUCCGCUGAAAUCCGUCGUCAAAUAAAAGUCAAAGAUAUGUGCAAAAUUUUUCGCGAUCUAAACUCAGUCGGAUUUGGGCAUUUGAUAAGCUAUGGCCGCUGCAGUAGAGGGUGUUCCCUAUGAAGAGAUAGUGACAAAAGAGCUUAUAGGUACAGGCUUUUUUGGGAGCGUACACAAGGCCGACUGGAGAAAUCGCGAGAUCGCAGUAAAGAGAAUUCGAGAGGGAUGUGAAGACAAAAAGAUUGCAAGGGAGAUCUACCAGCUCGCAAAAGCCAACCAUGUGAAUAUAGUUCAGCUCUACGGAACAUCCAGGCAUGAGGGCUGCACUCUGCUCCUGAUGGAGUACGUUGAUGGUGGAUCUCUGUCCAGUUUGCUGCAUGCGGAAAGCAAGCCAAGUUACUCCCAUGGCCACGCCUUCAACUGGGCGCAUCAGAUCGCUCUGGGCUUAGCCUAUCUCCAUGGCAUGCAGCCGAAAGCAGUCAUUCAUCGCGAUAUAAAGCCACUUAAUACACUGCUAUGUCAGAAGGGACUCAAGCUGAAGAUCUGCGACUUUGGAACUGUUGUGGACCUAUCCCUAUCGAUGUCGUGUAAUGCGGGGACCUGCAGAUACAAGUCUCCCGAGGUUCUACAAGCAAGUCAAUUCAAUGAAAAGUGUGAUGUGCACAGUUGGGCAAUUACUUUUUGGGAAAUACUGUCGCGCAAAGUGCCAUUUGGCCAUUAUGAUACCCUUUUCGAACUGUACAUGGCUAUUAAUGGAGAUGAAAGGCCGGACUUAGGUGAUAUUAUGGCAGGCUGCCCCGAGGACACUAUUAGUAUUUUAAGUGCUUGUUGGGACCCAGAUCCCAACAGAAGAUUCUCUAUGGAACUGAUUUCCCAAAUCAUGGGGAAAAUCGUAAGUGAGGCGGGACCCAUUGGACCACUGGAUUUUUACUCAUAGAACAUUAGUUCUUCACCACUUCACGCAUUCCAUAUUAAUAACAGAUAUCGUUGUGAACGUUAAACACUAUUUUAUUUUCUUGAAAACU